AUGAUUCCAUUAAUUAAAGGUAGUUGUCAUUGUAAGAAUAUAACAUUUGAAUUUGAUUGGAAUUCAGAUGUAGAUACAAUAGCUGCGAGAGCAUGUAGUUGUACUUUUUGUUUUAAGCAUGGUGGUGUUUGGACAUCAAGUGUAACCGGUAAACUCAAUGUCAACGUAAAGGACAGAGAAUUGCUAAAGCUAUAUAAUUUCGGAACAAAGACAGCCGAUUUCUAUGUAUGUAAAGAGUGUGGUAUUGUACCAUUGUCUUGUUGCACAAUCGACGGUAAUCUCUAUGCAGUUGUCAAUAUCAACACUUUCGAAGGUAUAGACCCAACUCUUAUCACAGAGAUACCCGUAACUCUCACCGAGGAAACAGAAUCAUCGAGAUUAGCAAGAAGAAAAAAGAAUUGGAUAAACAAUGUUCAAAUAAAUUUAAAUUAA